AUGGAAGAUUUUGUGGUUUCGUCUGCAGCGCGCCGCGGGAGGGGCCGGGUGCAGGAGUUACUCUGCGCUUCUCCGUAUUUAAUCGAUUCUCCCUUUUUUUGUUUGUUUUCAGGCGAAUGCGACGCAAAGAUCAAGGAACGCGAUAGAAAAAUCACCAAACUCGCAGCAGAAAUACGCAGACUCACCGCGCUGCUUGGGGACCGAGACUCGAGGCUUCGGAAACUCACUGCUGAACUUGCAAAGUGUGAUGCAACGAUUAGAAUAUUUACGGUGGAGCUCGGAGAGCGGCACACAAAAAUAGGUGAACUCACUGCGGACGUCGGGGACUGCAAUAGAAAACUUCGGAAACACGCAGCAGAACUUGAGGAACGGGACGCGAAGAUCCGGGAAAAUGAAGCGGAGAUAAGGCGCCUCUCCCAGCUGCUCGAGGAACGAGACGCGGAAGUUCGAAAACAGGACGCUGUCAUCAGCAAAUUGACGGAAGAGCUUGAGGAAUUAAAGGAUGGGAAAACUGAUGAAUCUCCCGAGGAACUCGCGGAGAGUGAUACGGAAAGAGAUGAACUUACUGAAGAACUCGAUGAAGUCGCUGAAGAACUUGGGGAACGUGAUAAAAAAAUAGAGGAAAUCACUGAAGAGCUUGCGGAACAGACUGCCCGGAUCGGUGAACUCGCUACCGAGCUGGGAGAACGCGAUGCCAAAAUCGACGAACUGUCAGCAGAAAUCGAAAAACGCGAUAGGAAAAUCGACGAACUCACUGCAGAGCUUGAGGAAUACAAAGCAAAAAUGCGAAAAUGCAUUGAAGAGCACAGGAAAGAGGAAGAAAAAAUGGCAAAUGUGACGCUGGACCCGGAGACAGCCCACCCCCGUCUCAUCCUCUCCAAGGAUCAGAAGAGCGUGAGAUGGGAAUACAUGCUGCAGGAGUCUCCCGACAGCCCCGAGCGGUUUGACGCCGAUCCUUGCGUGCUGGGUUGCGAAGCCUUCACCUCCGGGAGACACUACUGGGUGGUGGAUCUGGCAGAGGGACAGUACUGCGCCGUUGGGGUCAGCAGAGAGUCUCUGCAGAGGAAGGGACCCAUCAGCUUUAAUCCCGAGGAAGGGAUCUGGGCGGUGCAGCAAUGGGGAUUUAAGAACCGUGCCCUCACCUCCCCUCCAACCCUCCUUAACCUGCCGCGGGUCCCCAGAAAGAUCCGGAUCUCUCUCGACUACGAAUGGGGAGAGGUGGCGUUUUUUGAUGUCGAGAACAAAAUACCAAUCUUCACUUUUCCUCCAGCUUCCUUCGCCGGGGAACGGAUCCGGCCGUGGUUUUGGGUGGAGCUGGGCUCGGUCUCUCUGGUCCGAUGACCCUUGCACUCCUCCUUGCGCCGAGAGCUCAGCACCGGCGGUGAGUGGGUGGCUUGAGGGGCAGGAGAAGUGGUGGAAGCACCUUAACUCCAUCCAGACACCUACAGCUAGGUGGUUAAGAGCAGCAGGAUGGAGACCAGGGUAUAAAUGCUCUCGGGAAGAGCAGCGUCAAACCUCAUUCUCCCCCAUUCCAAAUCGAGUGCUCCAGCUGUCAUUGUGCAAAAGAAAGGCUGCCCAUCUUACAUGUCCUCAACACAAGGUGGCAGAAGAUCUGCCCAGCCUCAGCCCUUGGCCCAGUGUCUCAGAGUUGCAGUUCCAGCGUAGAGGAACAUCAAGUGACCUGCAGAGAGAUGUAGGCACCUCCUUCGGUUGAUGGAAAGAGGUGGGCACCGGGGUAAGUCACUAUUCAUGCUGCCUGCAUCACCCAGGUGGCUCCCACCAGCAUUUUCUUCCCAUCAGUUGGUGGUUGGCUCAAAUGGUUGAAAUCUACAUGUCGCUUUUAUAGUAGGCAGAGGGAAAUAAUCACUUCUGGUGGGGAACCCAUCUCAUCCAAACACAGACAUCAAAAUAGGACAGGCAAAUUGUGCUUUCUGUCUGCCUAUCUCUCUCCAUCGCCUGUGGAGGAAGUCUAUACCCGGAAGAGAUUAAACAACUUUCCUUUGCUCAACCUGCCUACAAAUUCAAGCCCUUUGCCCUUGGCCAGAGAAAGGGCAUGGCAAACCCUCUGUGACUGUCGCCAGAGCUCCGAGGCACCUGGUCAAUGCUGUCAGCUUUGUGCACCAACAUCUCCACAGGUUUCCUCCCCAAAUGCUCCAGCCGUUGUGAUGCUCGUCAAGACAUUGCUCCUGUAAUCCUUUAUACCAGAGCUGGAUGCAGCCGUGUCCUCCCGCAGGACUAAAUUUGACUCAAAUCUGGCCUGGGCAAAUGAUUUUAUACCAACUGGGUUAGCCAGAGUCCAUUAAUUUAGCUCAGCCUUUGGGAGGAGAGAUAAGCCUGGAUUCAAGACCAAGCUGGUAUGAUGCCCUCAGGUGAAAAUUGGGGUGCCAAACACCAAACCACAUGGAUUAAAGGUUUGAAGAGGCUCAAAGCGGGUUGCUCUGCAUCAUGUUGCCAUAAAGUUCCUAGUGAGGCACUGGGAGGUCUAAAACUAGAUUCACAGAAGGGGUCAAGCCGUGCUUGAGAUCAGCACGGGGCCAGCCUUGCUGGAAGGUGGGUGAUUAGGGACAUCGCUGAAGCCACCAGAGGGGAUGGACACCAUGGUCUUCACCUUUCAUGACAUCACGCUGCACUUAAAUAGCACCGAUGAAUUCCUCUUUAAUCCCUGCUUGUUCUUAGCCACCUGUAAAGCCUUAAAGCUUGUCUUUUGCCCCACCAUGGGAUGGCCAACUGGUAGUUCCCAUCUGACAAUAAAUCACUUGAGACUCUCCAGA